CUUUCUCCUUCCCAUAAAUCUCUUCCUCUGUCCUCGAGCUUCGAACUGUCGCUCUCUCUCUCUCUCUUGUCUCUCCAUUUUUUUACACUCUUUGCAGUUUGCAGAAUAAAUGGCCAAAGCCCAGCGAGUACCUGCGUUUCCGGGCAGUUCCUCUUCUGCGCUACGCGCUAAAGUCUUCUGCCUGCCGUAGCUGAAGACAAGCAGCGUACACGCAAAGCUCAAAUCUUUUGAGUGCUCCCCAACUUCACCUGUCGUUUUCAGACAUUGCUCACUGCUUGCUCUGCUUGCUCCCGGGAGCGUUGCUAUAGAGACAUUUGGGUGGCUUCGGCCCUUUCUUUCGCUGAGGCAGGGAGCCGGUGAUGAUACGAUGCUUCUCCUUUUCUCGAGGUUGUGAACGUAGGGAGUGAGCAGAGAAGAAGUAGAUAAACGCCCACUCUCUUUCGCACUUGUUUUCUUGGGGUGACGCUAGAGAUGGAUUCCGCUCAACAGUCUGCAGUUACUCCAUCAAAGAGUAAGUUUGCACAAGCUUUCGCCAAGUUUCUCCACCUUCGAGCCACUACUGGGGUUGCCCCAGUUGAUAAUUUUGUUCAGAAAAUCAAGCCUCCAGAUAAAGUAACAAAUGGUUUGCAAGAGGAAGACCAAAAUUGGGAUACUCUGCCUCAGUUCGAUAUUAAAGAAAAGGAUUCUCAGCAAUGGGAUGCCUUGGAGGUGCUUCUUGCUGAAUUAUUUGCCAGUAUUUCAUCGUUAAAAGCGGCAUAUGCCCACUUGCAGUUUUCUCAGCGUCCCUGUGAUAGCGAUGGGAUUGAAGUGGCUGACCAGAUCAUUGUAUCUGAAUUGAACAAUUUGGCUGACUUGAAGCAAUCCUAUGUGAAUGAGCAGCUCGACCUUUCGCUCGAGAUUUCUUUGUUGGCUGAAAUCAAAGAGCAGAAGAGUAUGGUAAAAACAUACGAAAUUAUGGUGAAGAAGCUGGAACGUCAGAUUAAGCUCAAGGAAUCUGAGAUCGCAUUUCUCCAGGAGAAGUUGGAGGAAUCAAGCUGGCAGAACAGGUUACUCAACAAGAGCACGGAGCCAAACUGGCCAUUCUCUUUUCUCAAGAAUAUACACUUAUCAAGGUUGAACCAUAUCCAUUUUGAUGCAUUUCUUAAGUACACUACUGAGUCCGUGCGGAGCUUUGUUAGAUCAAUGGUUGACGAGAUGAAAUCUGCUUGCUGGGAUAUCGAUGCGGCAGCUAUUGCAGUGGAACCCGGGGUGAUUUAUCAGAAAGAAGACCACAAAUGUUUUGCAUUUGAAUCCUAUGUUUGUCGGGAAAUGUUUGAUGGGUUCCAAUACCCAGACUUUUCCCUGCCAAAAGAGUCCUUACCACAGGAAAGGAGAAGGCAGCAGCAGCUAUUUUUCGACAGAUUCAUGGAGCUCAUCUCUAGCGAGCCAAGGGAUUCCCUUCAUGAGAAUGCUGAAUCAGCAUUUGCCAAGUUUUGUCGGGUGAAGUAUAUGCAGCUCAUUCACCCUCGAAUGGAACUGGCUUUCUGCGGCAACUUAAGCCUCAGAAGUCAGCUCAAUGCCGGGGAAUUUCCAGAAACCACAUUCUUUGCUAUUUUCUUGGAAAUGGCAAAGCGGAUCUGGCUCCUGCAUUGCUUGGGAUUCGCGCUUGAUCAUCCUGCCUCCAUUUUUCAAGUGAGCAGAGGGUGUAGGUUUAGUGAAGUAUUUAUGGAAACUGUGGCCAAGGAGGAGUUGCUAGCUGCGGACAAUAGGCUGGAAGAAUAUGACCAACAGGUGGCAUUUACUGUUUUUCCUGGGUUCAGAAUUGCCGGAACAGUUUUACAUUGUCAGGUGUAUCUAAUGGCUUCCAAACCAGUAUGAGCUGUGGAUAUGCCAUUAUGCUUUAGGAUUCGAUUUUUAUAUUGGUGUGGAAGCCACUGUCUUGAUCUGCUUAGGCGGACUCCAGGAAGAAGAGGACAACGGCAUGCUGGAUUGCUAAAUGUGCUGUGGGGAUUUCAACAUGGCUACACUUUUCUUUGUUGGAUUUUCAUUUUCCUUUAGAUAUAGUUGUACCUGUAAUCAAGUAUUUCUGAAGAAUGAAAAUGCGAAAAUUUGUUGUGUUGGAAACCCACAGUGAAUUCAUUGACGGUCUGUUUAAAGACAUUCCCGAGGUCUUGCAAUGUUUAGGAGUCCUUCAGCUGUCAUUGAUCUUCACUGCCUUGUAUGAUGUAUAUUUGGAUGAAGUGCAUUCUAGUUGGAACUUAUGCGC